CUGGAUAUCACCUGGAAACCCGAAAUCAAGCUGCACAGGACAGAUGUCCCACAGCAGCAUUUCUGUAAGGAGGAGGAAGUUAUCGCUGACCAGCAGCUCUGGAACCAGGAGAGGAGCUCCGAUCUGGACCAAGAGGAACCAGAAGCUCCACAGAUUAAAGAGGAACAGGAGCAACUCUGUAGCAGUCGGGAAGGAGAGCAGCUGGUACUUAAGGAGGAGACUCAUACCUUUAUGGUGACUGCUGCUGAGGAAAGAGACCACAGUGAACCAGAACCAAAAAGAGACCAAGUCAACUGUGUCAGCUCUGCUGUAGCAGUGAAACAAUAUCAGGGAGGAAGGAAGAAAGAUUCACAAUCACGAAGAAAAAAUAAAAAAAAACACAAUAAUGUAGAACACCAACCUACGCCAGACAGUGAGUGCAAGUCUGACAAAAGUAAAAAGUCUUUAAAAUGUGAUGUUUGUGGAAAAGCCUACAAAUAUAAUUAUGAAAUGGAAAGACAUUAUAGAAUCCAUACAGGGGAGAAGCCGUUUUCCUGUAAAACAUGUGGGAAAAUGUUUGUACGUAGUGGUUCUGUAGCGAAGCACAUGAGAAUCCACACAGGUGAGAAACCAUAUUCUUGCAAAGUGUGUGGGAAAAGUUUUAUACAGAAAAAUGGUUUGACUGUCCACAUGAUCACGCACACAGGUGAGAAGCGACAUCACUGUGAAAUAUGUGGGAAAAUGUUUGCACAUAGUAAUGGCUUAUUGAGGCACAAAAAAAUUCACACAAGUGAGAAACCUUACUGUAAAACAUGUGGGAAAACAUUUCCACUUAGAAGUUUGUUACUGAUGCACACAAAACGUCACACAGGUGAGAAACCAUAUCAUUGUAAAACAUGUGGGAAAAUGUUCACCCGUAACAGUCAUUUAAAAGAGCACAUAAGAAUACACACAGGUGAGAAACCAUAUCAUUGCAAAACUUGUGGGAAUGCAUUCAGAUAUCGUACUCAUUUGUUGCGCCACAUGAAAAUACACAUGUAGAUGCCUACUCUUAACAAGAUUAACAGUUUAGCAAGCUGUGUAGAGCGCAAAGUUAAACACGAGUCAGCAUGGGAACUAAUGGUAAACACAGCAUGGUAGUGAGGAGGUUAUGGUUAGAGUUUCAGUUUAAAAGCAGGUGGAAGUGGCACAUUUUUACAAAUUAUUCUAUUUACAAAAUGUUUUAAGUGCAUUAUCAAUUCUUUGCCCAAGGAAAAGUUAUUGCCAUUGCUUUUUUCAGUAAUUAGUAAUCUAACUAAUUACUAUUUC